AAUGAAAAUUAUUUCAAACGUCAAUGAAAUGGACUGUGAAGGAAACUCAAGAAAUAUGUAAAUCUGAUCAACAUUCGAUACAUUAUUCACAAAAUCUUUAUUGAAUACUUUAGGAAGUGACAGUGUUUCAUUAUUAACCCUAAAUUAUUACACUAUAAUGUGUAAUUUCAGGUUUAUUUGUGCGUGAAUUGGAACAUAGUGUCUUUGUGCUGUUUGCUCUUAAUUGCGAACAAAGAUCGGCGUAGUGGGCAAUGAUGGAUAAUGACAAUUCUGGAGCUGAUUUCUGUCGAUUCUGUCGAUCCGAGGCUUCGUCGGAUCGUCCCCUUUUCCAUCCCUGUAUUUGCACCGGCUCUAUAAAAUGGAUUCAUCAGGAAUGUUUAGUGCAAUGGAUGCGGUACUCGAGGAAGGAAAUCUGCGAGCUCUGCGGGCACCGCUUCUCUUUCAUGCCGAUCUACUCCCCGGAUAUGCCGAGACGGCUGCCCAUCCGUGAUGUCGUCGGUGGUCUCGUUACGUCUGUCGCAUCUGCGGUCAAAGACUGGCUUCACUACACUCUGGUGGCCUUAGCGUGGCUGGGCAUCGUUCCGUUGACCGCGUGCCGCACCUAUAGAUGUCUGUUCACGGGCUCCCUGGACCCAGUUAUAUCUCUACCUUUUGAUAUUGUGUCCGCUGAGAAUCUCGCCAAGGAUGUCUUCUCCGGCUGCUUCGUGGUCACCUGUACGCUGUUCUCGUUCAUCGGCCUUGUGUGGUUGCGGGAGCAAAUCAUGCAUGGAGGCGGACCAGAUUGGAUGGAGAGAGAAAACCUGCAGGGCCCUCUACCCGAGGACAUGCCACUUCAGGACAACAAUAAUGAGCAAGUGAAUGAAGGGGCAGGUGAUGAAAGAACACCGAGGGAGGAGCCCAAUGUUGAGAAUGCUGAUGAUCCACUCGUUGGCGAUGAGGCCAACUGGAACCCGAUGGAAUGGGACAGAGCUGCUGCGGAGGAGCUGACCUGGGCGAGACUUCUCGGACUGGACGGAUCUAUGGUGUUCCUCGAGCAUGUGUUCUGGGUUGUCUCGUUGAACACACUGUUCAUAGUUGUGUUUGCAUUCUGUCCAUACCACAUUGGAAAAUUGGGAGCUAUUGUAGCAGGAUUGGCCGCAGAAGGCCCAUUUGCUGGGCCACUGACAGCUCUAGCAGGCUACGUAAUACUGGGGGCUGUGUUGGCAGUUCUGCAUGGAAUGGCAUCUUUGCUACGUCUCCGCAGUGCUAAAAAGGCUCUUGGUUUUUGCUAUGUUGUCGUAAAGGUGGCCCUGCUGUCAGUCGUGGAGAUCGGAGUCAUACCCUUGGUGUGUGGAUGGUGGCUGGACCUUUGCUCCUUGUCCAUGUUUGAUGCGACCCUCAAAGACCGAGAGUCUAGCCUGCAUGCUGCACCGUGGACCCUCAUGUUCAUACACUGGCUCGUCGGAAUGGUCUACGUAUAUUACUUUGCAUCAUUCAUUCUUCUACUCCGAGAAGUGUUGCGGCCAGGAGUGCUAUGGUUCCUGAAGAACUUGAACGACCCAGACUUCAGUCCUGUUCAAGAAAUGAUCCACCUCCCAGUGUGGUCUCACAUGCGACGUCUGGUUGUCUCUGCUAUGGUGUUUGGGACAGCUGUGCUGUUCAUGCUGUGGUUGCCGAUCAGGGUUAUCAAGAACCUCCUGCCUGGUUUCCUGCCAUACGCGGUUGCAGUACACACCGAAGCUCCUGUCAAUGAACUCAGUCUGGAGUUGCUCUUGCUGCAGGUGAUUCUGCCUGCUCUCCUGGAACAGUCCCACACUCGGACAUGGCUGAAGGCGGGGCUCCGCGCGUGGUGCGCCUGCGCCGCCGGCCUGCUAGGGCUUCGGUCCUACCUGUUAGGUGACAGCGCGAGGGACAACGAGCCGCACCCGCCUCCGCACCCGCCUCACCAGUUGGGCGCCGCGCACCAGGCGCUGAUGCGGCGCGACGGGCCGGCUGGGUUCGAACCGUACGCGCGCGCGGCGUGGUUCCCGCUGCGGCUGGCGGCGCUGCUGUUGCUGGUGUCCCUGUCGCUCAUCAUGGCGAGCGCUAUCACGCUGGUAAUUCCGGUGGCUAUCGGGCGGAAAGUGAUGACGCUGUGGCUACCGAAGGCCUCAGAGGGAGUGCACGAGCUAUAUACGGCUGCUUGUGGCCUAUACCUAUGCUGGGCUGCGGGUCGCGGCGGCGCGCUGCUGGCGGGCUGGGCGCGCGGCGGGCGGGCGGCGCUGACGGCACGCGCGGCGCUGUGGGGGCGGCAGGCGGCGCGCGCGGCGCUCGCGGCGUUGGCGCUGCUCGGCUUGGUGCCGCUCAUGUUCGGCCUGCUGCUGGAGCUGGUGCUAGUGAUACCGCUGCGAGUCCCGUUGGAACAGUCGCCCGUUCUGUUCAUGUGGCAGGACUGGGCUUUAGGCGUGCUGUACACGAAGAUUGUGUGUGCACUCACCAUGAUGGGUCCGGAUUGGAGCAUGCGACGAGCAAUCGAGAAGGCAUACAGGGACGGGAUACGAGAGAUGGAUCUCAAAUUCAUCCUCGGCUCCGUCGCAGCCCCCCUCGUGCGUUGGCUCGGUCUGGCGCUGGCGGUACCGUACGCGCUGGCCAAGUCCCUAGCGCCGUUACUACUGACCUCACCGACGCAUCGUAACUUGGUAGCGAGGCGGAUUUACCCAGCCUUGUUAUUGGUGGUCGUGUUGGGAGCGCUCGCUGUGUUCCAGAUCCGCCAGUUCAGAAAACUGUACGAGCACAUAAAGAACGACAAAUACCUCGUCGGCCAGAGACUGGUUAACUAUGACCAUCGGCGACACAAACAGAACAUCGCGCCAGCCAAUUAAGCGAGAUAGCUGUCGUAUGUCCCGCUCACACUUACUGGAGAGAAACAUCACGCCUGCCAAACGAAAGAGAUAGCUAUUGUUAGUCCUGUUCGCACUAACUUCUGAUGUGCUGGAAAAAACAUCAUGCCUGUCAACUGAGCGAGACGGAUGUUAUCUGUCCUGCUCGCACCUACUUAUAUCGGAGAGAAAAAUCACGACAAUUAUUAAUAGUAAGACAUCCGUCGUCUGUCCUGCUCGCACUAAGUUCUUAAGUACUGAAGAUCGCGCUCGCCAAGCGAGACGGUCGUUCUGUCCUUCUCGCACGUAUAUAGUUUUAUUCUAAGAGAAUUGGCUCACUUACUUUAGCAAAUUUAGCAAGUUACGUAGUGCGUUUGCUUCUUAGUUUCUAAAUAAAUGGACAUUGAGUGACGUAAGAAUUUGCGGGCGUAUGCGUGAUGUUAGAUAAUAAUUUUAUUCGAGUAAACAAAUGUAUAUAUACA